AUGUCAGAGCACUAUGCUUCUGGAUCGACGUCAGGAUAUGCGGCGCCAAGAAGCAUCAAGAAGUCCAAGAGUAUCAAGAGUGAAGACGAGAUCAAUGUCCAAGGCCCGCUUGAGGUAGCCGGCUCCGUGCAAUCCGGCCGUGGAAUCAACUUCCAGGGCAGUGUCUCCGUCAGAGGUCCCAUCGAUGCCUAUGGCAACAUCACCACAAAUGGAGAGUUGAGUUGCCAGGGACAGAUCAAAGCGUACGGCAACAUCUUGAUCAGCGGCUACCUAGGCUCGAGCGACAAGAUCACUGGAUAUGGAAAGCUGAGAGUAGAAGGUACCCUUGAGGGGGUAGAGCUCGAGGUUUGGGGAAACUUGAUCAUCAUUGGCUUCCUGUAA